AUGAUGAGCCACGACCAACGCAGAGCAUCCGACGUUCUUACCGCCGCAAGACCGAACGGUCGAGGGAGCAACAAGCCCACCACCUCCAUCCUGGGCCACAAGAGGACAGGCUCGGGCCGCAUCGAGUCCAAAGAGAACUACGCCGGUGCAAGGGACAUCCGCGCGUCGCCCACCUUCUCAGAAGCCAGCAGCAGGCAGUCGCAAUCGCCCUACAGCCCCGCGCUGCACCCGGCCGCCAGAGAUCACCGAAAUAGUGCCCCUAUUGCCAGUCUGGGAGACCUGGGAUCGCCGCGCGACACGAGGAUACCGCGCCCCAAGACAACCGCACCGAAUUUAUCCACCACCAACCCUCGACGGACACCGCAGAUGCAGUCGCCUAGCGGCCCCUCGAGGAAUGUUCGCCAGCCCAUCGGCUUAAAGGCUGCCUUCAAGCUCGCCGAGGAACAAGAAGCUAGAGAGCGCAGCGGCAGCGACGAAGAUGGAACGAUCAAUCUCCGACAGGCCUUCAACAUGGCGAAUGCUGAGGCAAACCACCUGGCGCUAGGCUCGCCAAGCCCGGCCCCUCGGUCCUACCGUCGUAGGGAGUCGGAGGAUCUGAGAUCGAAUCAGUUCUUCGGCUCCGGGGGGCCGAGUAUGGAUCUUGGUCUGCAGCUGAAGAAAUUUGACCGUAACCACCAGCUCGGCAAUGCCGGCGCUUCCGGCGCUGGUGCAUUCACGACUAAGGGUCGGGUCGGACCAAAGGUGGCCGAGACCGCUCAUACUUUGGCUGAGAAGGCGAGCAACAGCAGCUUAGGGAGCAGCCCCGAGAAUCGUAGGACAAGCCAGCCGAACCUCGACCCGGGAAAACAGAAACAGCCAGCUUCUGGCAUGGUGGACUGGGAGAAUGCCGGGAGGGAUUCUCUUCUGCCCUCUGUCGAGUUUGCUCCACUGCCACCGGUAGAAUUUGACGGUGAUGUUGACCUCAAAGGCUCCCCAGACGCCAAGCCCAGCGCCUUUUCACCCGAAAAGAGCUUCAAUUGGCAUCUAGAUGCUGAUUUCACCGCUGGAGACCUGCAGGUGUCCAAUAGUCCACGGAUCAAGCUGGCCAACAGCAGCACUGCGUUUGGGGACCCGUCCACUUCAGAAUCACGUCGGAGCAACGACAGGCUGAAACAGAUCAAAGCGCUUGAGAUCGAAGCAGCAAACGCGAUCAUUUCAGAUGAGGAAGCAAGCUCGAUCGCAAAGCGGGGGAACUCACGGUUGGACGAAAUCCGAGCGCGUGAGAUGGAAGCAACGUCACCGAGGGCUCUUGCGCAGAGUCGCUUGGAUGAGAUUCGAGCCCAGAAUUCCGAGGCUCGCUCCCGCUCACAGUCGCCUGAAGAAGCCAGGACCAGCAGCAAACCAGGUUCGCGGAGCAAAUCUGCAAGUCCGGCGAAUGACCAGGCUGAGAAGAUGACGCAUGGCUCAGUGUCUCCUUUUAUUGACAGGCCCAGCUCCGGCACACCACUAUCAAGUUUGCGAAACUCCUACCAUGAGCCCCUUGACGGGUUAGAGAAAGGCAAAGACACAGCGUCUCAAGACCAGCCUAAGGGGCUUCCAGGGGAUGACUCGUAUGAUUUACUACGCCGUCUUGCCCGAGCAACAAGCUCAAGUCCCAGCCCGAAUGCUUCACCCACACUUUCAGGGCCCAUAGCAAAGGUUGAGGCGGGCUCAACCCGUACCUCAGAAGAGAGAGACAACAGUCGUCCGCUUCUCACCCGACAGGACAGGCGACCCAGGGACCUUGGAGCUAAGAGCUCUAGAGACAGGCUGACUGUUGGCUUCGCUCAUUUGCGUAAGGAGCAAUCUAGCGACUCUCUUGAGGAAAAACGCCGUAGUUUGGCAAGUUCGGAGCCCGACCCUACCGCUCGCAUUGAAGCUGAGAUGAAACUUUUUGCGUUGGGUGACAACUACUCCGAGAAGGGUUCGACCCGUGCCCCAUCCCCAGGCUUGUCAGAGAAAUCAGAGCCUAUCGAGGAGCAAACGCCAAGACCACAAAGGAAUAUUGUUGAUCCUCUGAGCCAGCCUACCCCCCGAGUGACUGGCGCUUACGUAGAGACGCCCAUGACAGUAAAGGCGGAGAGAGACAGCGACUGGGUCGAUCUAGAACCUGAUAAGCAAACGUCCAGCUCUUCAGGGGUCCUAUCGGGAUUUCGUAGGUGGACAGGUGCAUCGACUGGACGCUCAGAGGUGCCUCAGGUCAAGCGGGAAGGAAGCAAUGCUUCGGAAACGAUGAUCAAAGCUAGUGGAAGAUCGUCGGUCCCAGCAGCACGCCGCACUCGGUCAGUAUCAAGACGCCGCCGGCCACUUGUCAACACGGCCAAAAUACCGACGGUCAAGGAUGACCUCCGCGCUAUACUGCGUCAACAUCAGAUUGAUGACUCGACCCUUGAUGAUUUUGAUGGCUUUUUGUUAGACCAAGAUAUCGAUCACGAAGAGCUUGAGAAAAUUGUAGAUGACACGGUCACUAAGUUGGAAGAAGAUCUGAACGUUCCGGGCCUCACCGACCAUGAACGGGAACUCCAAGCAUAUGACCGGAUGAGCAAGACUCUCAAAACUGGACUUCUGGGUAUUCGUUCUGCGAAGCAAGGAAUUGAGCGCCUCGAGGACAAGGUGGCCCACUCUGAGAAGAAGGACCCCUUGAUACCCGUUUUGGCUGACCUAGGUCUGUCAUCCAGCUCACCCAUCCCGCUUUUCCACCCACAGCUCGGUGACUCGACCACACACAUAUAUGUUCCGCCGCUUUAUCGCCGCCAUCCUUUCAGAUUUACACCCCUCGGCCUCCUUACCCUGAUUUUGAGUAUCUGGUACACCGUCGAAUGCAUCUUUUGCAGCCUCUACGUCGAUCCUUACGACUGUGCCGAUCCGAAACUACCUUGCGACUGGUCACCCAAUGAGCCCUACUAUCCAUAUGCGGCGCCUUUCAUGUUGGACGAAUGGAUUACCGGCGGAAAGGGGCGCGCCCUGGCAUGGCGUGUCGGUGAAGAUUUGGGCGAUAUCGUCUCGGAAGUAGUCGACUGGGCUACUGGACACGACUUCACUCAGGAGGACGAGUUAUACAUGGAUGUCUGGCAGAGAAAGAGACAUCGAAGAAGAUUGAAGAAGUGGGGUCUCGUUCGAACAUGGAUAGAACCCAUCGAGUUCAGAGACAAGUUCCGGGCUUGGCGAGAAGCUUGGAGCGUGCGGCAGCGUGCUCUUGAGACUGGGGAACCCGUCUGGGGCGAUGAGAGCAUGAGUGCCGAUGAGAGGCUUUAG